AUGGCGGUCCUUAGAUUACUUCUGUGUGUAGUAGUAAUUUUCUAUUUGUCGGAAUUUGCGUUUGGAUUCCGUCGUGUUUGUUUCUAUGAUGGCUGGGCCGCCCAACGAACGGGUGACGCCUUAUUGACACCAGACAUGAUAGACCCUUUCCUUUGUACUCAUCUGAUAUUCUCACACGCCAUAGUAAGGAAAAACAACAAAUGGGAGAUUUACAGACGGUUAAUGGUGGAUACAAAUAACUAUCGAUUAAUGAACAACCUCACACUGAUUAACCCUGACCUGAAAACGUUGGUGCUGUUAACAGAACAGGAUCCUGGCGAUUUCGACAAUAUGGCGGUGGAUUCAACGAAUCGAACCACUUUCAUCAACAGUGUCAUCCCAUUCUUGAAAAAAUACAAUUUCGGUGGCCUUUCUCUUCAAUGGCGUGGAAGCUCUAGUAACUUCAAAUUAAUGAGCACGGAACUUCGCCAGGCUUUCGACAAUGAAUUUUCUCUCACUAACGACACAUUUCUGUUCACCGCUGAUCUCGUGGGGCCUCUUCUUGACGAUUUCAAUAAUAACUAUGAGUUGAGCACUAUCAAGGAAACAGCAUUGAACUUCGACUUUAUUACUCUUCAAACUUGGAAUUUGUUUGACGCGACAGACGAUUCUGUGACAAGACAUCACAGUCGUAGAGUACCAAGAAGCGAUGCCACUGGCAAAGAUAAAUUCCUCAACAUGAAAGGUAUAGCUGACUAUCUAGCUUUCCUUGGAAUUCCUAAAUCGAGCAUGAAUAUUGGCAUUGCUACCUUUGGACGUGCUUAUCAAUUAGUAAACAGUAGUGACUUCGAUUUGGGUUCCGCUGUCACUGGACUUGCUUCCCAAUCUAGUGCCACUGAAACCCCCGGGCUUAGAGGCUAUUAUGAGAUCUGUAAAUUGCUGGAGGACGGCACAGGCAGUAUGUUCCGUGAUGAGGGAGUGCCAUACUAUGUUAACGGGUUAUUGUGGGUUGGCUAUGACGAUAUCGAAAGCGUUACAGAAAAGACAAACUGGAUAACUGAGGAAGGUUACGGAGGCGGUUCAAUACGUGGAUUGUCAAUGGAUGAUUUUUCUGAACAUUGUAACUCUUCCGGAAGACCAUUUCCUCUUAUCAACACUAUAAAAGAUAUAUUUGAUGAAGCUGUCGCCCCAAGAGAGUACAGGCGAGUGUGUUAUUUCUCAACGUGGGCAGCGGACCGUUAUGGACCUGGUAGAUUUACUGUCAAUGAAGUCGAUGAAUUCCUAUGUACUCAUGUGAUAGUUGCCUUCGCCGAGAUAUCGGACGACAAUCAGAUACAGGCUUCCACCUUAAACGACACCUACACAUUCCAUAACGCUACAAAACUUAGGACUAAUAACCCAGAUCUGAAAGUGUUGCUGUCUGUUGGAGGCUGGGAGCAGGGCAGUUCCAGGUUUUCUCACAUGGUUUCAGGACCAAAACGAAGGCGAGACUUUGCCGCCUCUGUCAUUAGCUUCCUGCGUCUUUACGCGUUUGACGGCCUUGAUUUAGCUUGGCAGUACCCAACACAAAGACAGGGGUCAGCAGACACGGAUAAAAAGAAUUUUGGAAUUCUACUAGAUGUAAUUACUGGUCAGAGACGGGAAUUCGAUAACGAACCCCGAAGGUACCCUGUAAAAAAACUGCUGUUGACGGCUGCCGUGGCUGCGGAACAGGAACACAUUGACUAUGCUUACGACGUGAAGGCUUUGUCAGAUAAUUUGGAUUUCCUGAGUCUCCAGACGUUUGACAUGCGUGGUUACUGGGAUUGGCAAACCGGCCAUCAUAGUCAGCUGAAGCCGUUCCCAUGGGAAACUGGACCAGACGCUAACCUCAACAUGGAGUGGUCUGGAAAGUACUGGCACAUGCUAGGAGUCGACAAAGAGAAGAUCAAUAUAGGAAUGGCCACAUUUGGGAGAGGUUUUGAAUUGUCAUAUGCACCCGAUAAUAGUAUUGGAGCUUGGAUUGAUGGACCAAACCCCGCUGGUAAUUUGACCGACGAGGACGGUUUCUUAGCAUAUUACGAGAUAUGUGAUUUAGUCGAUGAUGGAAAUGGCAAUGUGAUGAGAGUAUCAGGUGUACCUUACUAUGUGUAUGACCGUCUGUGGAUUGGUUACGACGACGAACAGAGCAUAGCUAACAAGGUGCAAUGGCUGGUAAAUGAAGGAUUUGGUGGCGCAAUGGUAUGGUCUAUGGAUUUGGAUGACUUCAGACAGACAUGCGCGUCUUCUACUAGUCCAUCCCCUCUUAUCAAUACAAUUAAGGACAUGUUGACUGGUUACGUUAGCGGUUCGGUCACAGAUAAAGUUACAACUGAUAGUACAACCGAGGAAUCAACGACAAUGUCGUCUACCACAACACCUGGACCGCACAUCGAUUGUGAUGUUCAACCGAUUGAUGGACCAUACCCAAAUCCUAGAAACAACAGAAACUUUUACAAGUGUUCCAAUGGAGAGGCUUUCUUGUACUGGUGUCCAAGUAACUUAGUGUUUAACCAAACAAUGUUAGUGUGCGACUACCCAUAA